GAUCAAGGUUGUUGCUGAGAGUCAAAGAUCAACCCACCAAAGGGGCAAAAUCAAGUUCAGGAAGUUGAAGUUUGCAGGAAAGCAACCCCUGAUGGCUUCACCCUGGGUCUGCCGCACCCAGACCCAGGACAAUCAACAAGUAUCGAGUAAUUCGUACACGUGGGGAGCAUUGAUCUGUCACAAUUCUCAUUACACCUUAUGAGGUGAGUAGUAGUAGUGUUAGUUCACAGAAGCAGAAAUGAACUGACGGCUCCAAUUUUAUUCCUAUCAUUUUGGUAAAUGAUGGGGUCUGGUUUGAAUCUAGGUUGGCUGGACUCCAGAGCCAUCUCUCUCCCACAGACCCUGUUCCCUUCUUCAACCUUAAUCAUCCUGGAAGACCCAAUGCUCAAUCCCUAGGUCUUCUGAUUUUCCUGAAUUGUUCUCACCAACAUCAACAGAUAGUGGCUCUGCUCCUUGUUCCUUCCCCAGUGAAGGCUGCAGUGGCCUGUCGGUGCUCAUUCUGUCUCUCCUUGUCCCUCUUAUUCCAUUCUCUGGCCCCUAGUGAAAGCUGAGUCAGAGACACGCUUCCCCUUGGCUCCCAAUGCCUCCCAUGGGGGCCCCUCCUUGGCUGCAUCCGUUAGUCACUCCCCGGUAAGUCCCCCCCCACACCCUGUGGGGCGGGGAGCCCAGGGCAGCCUGGAGGCAGUGGACUUUUGGCCGGUUUCGUUUAUUCCCUACAUCUCAUCAACAUCUGCCGCAGGCUCUUGGCUCAUUCCUCUGACUGCUGACCUGCAGGGAAGCAGAAACCCAGAAAGAGGGAAGGAAGGCAAAAACUUGGAGACAGACCUGAGGCCGAGGAAGAGGCCGAGGCUGCAGCUGGUCUUCCGCCCUUCCCCACUCUUCCCACCCUGCCUUAACACCUCUCCCUAGCCAAAGCCCCUCAAGGUCCCCUGGGGCUCAGCCCUUCUCCCUCUGGGGCCCCAGGUGCCCCUCAGGGCCUGCAUACCACCAUGUCAGUGGCUGUGGAGACCUUUGGCUUCUUCAUGGCAGCCGUGGGGCUGCUGAUGCUGGGUGUGACCCUGCCACACAGCUACUGGCGAGUGUCUACUGUGCACGGGAAUGUCAUCACCACCAACACCAUCUUCGAGAACCUCUGGUACAGCUGCGCAACCGACUCCCUGGGAGUCCACAACUGCUGGGAGUUCCCGUCCAUGCUGGCCCUCUCCGGGUACAUCCAGGCCUGCCGGGCACUCAUGAUCACUGCCAUCCUCCUGGGCUUCCUGGGCCUCUUCUUGGGCAUGAUGGGACUGCGCUGCACAAACAUUGGGGGCGUGGUGCUCUCCAGGAAAGCCAAGCUGGCGGCCACUGCGGGGGCCCUAUACAUACUGGCUGGUUGCUGCGGGAUGGUGGCCAUCACCUGGUACGCCUCCAACAUCACCCGGAACUUCUUCGACCCCACGUAUUCUGGAACCAAGUAUGAGCUGGGCCCUGCGCUCUACCUGGGCUGGAGCGCCUCCCUGCUGACCAUCCUGGGCGGCGUCUGCCUCUGCUCCAACUGCUGCUGUCCUCCUGAGGAGGACCGCGCCACCAGCACCCGGCUCCCCUACAAGGCCUCGGCAGCGCGGUCCACUAGCCUCGCUGCCCACCUGCGCCCCGCAGCCUCGGAUGAAGAAGGCGACAUCAGCUUCGGCAAAUACGGGAAAAACGCUUACGUGUAGAAGGCCUGGCCUCUGGAUCCUAUUCCCUUCCCACUGCCCCCAGCGGAAAGGGGUCCCUCGAACCCCGGGCAGCAGGCGCAGGCCGCUGCUUGGUGCUACCACCUCAGGAGCAAGCCACGCCCCAGGGUCAAGCCACGCCC